UCAAAUUAGGUGGCAACGGCAGAUAACAAAGGCGGCGGCGGCCGGCGGGCGGAGGCGGCGCACACGGCACAAACGCUGCGGUGGCGUGCCGGGGCCGGGCACCGUGCCACUGCCCCCAAUUACUCAAUUCCUUCUCGCCGCGCCGCAGCGCCAACGACCAAACCACCGCGCAACCGCACGCCACCCUCCGUCAGUCGGGUCGGGGGGACAGCGACCGGCGCGUGCGCCAGCGAGGGGGAUAUAGAUGGAGGUGGGCAGUGUCGUGGGGGCGCGAUCCACUUGGGCACCAGCCGUCCGGAACCGAGACCGGGGCCAAGACCGCGCCUUGCCCCGCCGUGUCCGCUGCCGCGCCGUCGUCAUGCCGCCGUCCGUCCGCACGGUCUCCAUCCCCUUCGCCGACCUCAAGGAGCGGGGCAGGGACCUGAGCGGCAAGAUCGAGGAGGGGCUCGGCCCCGACGGGCUCGGCAUCAUCUCCAUUUCCGGCGUGCCCGAUUUCCCAGCUCUGAGGAGAACGCUCCUGCACUUGGCGCCGAAAGUUGCAAACCUCCCUGAAGAUGUGAAGAAAGAACUUGAGGACCCGGACAGCAGGUAUAAUUUCGGCUGGAGCCAUGGGAAAGAGAAACUUGAAUCUGGGAAACUCGACACAUUCAAAGGCUCCUACUAUGCCAACCCAAUUUUGGAUGUCCCUACUGCUGAUGAUGUCCUUGUAAGUAGGUAUCCAUCGUACUGCCGACCAAAUAUCUGGCCAGCUGAUCAUCUGCCUGAGCUUGAAAUAGCAUUUAAAGCUCUUGGAAAGCUAAUGUUGGAAGUUGGCUUGAUGUUGGCUCGUCAUUGUGAUCUCUAUGUAAUGCAGCACGGAGUGGAACCAUAUGAUGGUGAAAGUCUUGAGCAGACAAUUUCCCGUUCAAGGUGUCACAAGGGGCGUCUCCUGUAUUAUUUCCCCAGACAAUUCAGCACACAAAAAGAAGAUGGUGAUUCUGUUUCAUCGUGGUGUGGAUGGCAUACUGACCAUGGGUCUUUAACAGGUCUUACAUGUGGCCUGUUUAUGAAAAAUUCAGUGGAGGUCCCCUGUCCUGAUAGUGCAGCUGGGCUGUACAUCCGGACUCGUGAUGACCGAGUUGUUAAGGUUACAUUUGGGGAGGAUGAAUUAGCUUACCAAAUUGGGGAAACUACUGAAAUACUAUCAAGAGGUCGUCUAUGUGCAACUCCACACUGUGUACAGGCACCCAGCGGUGCGAAUGCUUCAAAUGUUGAGCGCUCUACUUUUGCAAUGUUCAUGCAACCAGAUUGGAAUGAGACGCUUAACUUUCCAAGUGAAAUUCCUUACCACCAAGAGUUGAUUCCACCAAACGGAGCGCUUACGUUUGGAGAGUACUCAGAGAGACUGGUGAACAAGUAUUACCAGGGGAAGACGUGAUUCGCAUGGAUUGUCACGAUGAGGCGCGGAGAAAAGGCCCCUGUGAAGAUGCUGUGCUACCAGGAAACUAAAAUCUUCAACUAGUCGUGCCUGCAAAUACACUUCCAAGUCCCUAGAAAGCAUGUAAAGAUUUAUAGGUAUAGAUUACAUCAUUUCCGUACCAUGUGCGCUUGUAAAAAAGAUGCUAAAACAUGACCUCCUGAAAACUGUAUAAAAUGGGAUGAAAUUGUGCACAUGUAGUUUGUUAUAUGGUCCUAACUUGUGCACGGAAUGCUCUAUUUUUACACACUUGUGGAAUCCAAAAGUGUGCUCUUGCACGAGGGAUAUCAAUGCCAAUAUUCGCCCA